AUGACGGCAUUACUACUUGGUCGUUUGAAGGCCGUGCCGUUUGACGGCCGAGUUGAUGCUUCUCUCCCUACAACAGAGCUCUGUCAAAGAGACAGAACAGCUAAUGUUGGCAUAGGUCACCCAUCGCCUCCCAAAAACUCAAGCUGGCAAGCCAUCCCUCAAAGCAAAGCACUGCAAGAACACCAUGGGCCAUCGUCUUGGUCGCUAUUGCGUCUCCAACCUGGGCCUCAGCAUACAGUACAGCGGCCUCUGAGUCCAGCCACGCAGAUUUGUUUUUUUGUUGCGUCGGACGUCGUGUCACGCCAAAACUUUUCAUCUCCACAAUACGUACCUCAACCCCUCACCUCGGCAGGAUCGAAGAGAACAAGAUUCCAGGACCAACUCCCCGAAGACCAUACAUCAAACAGAUGUGUUGUAUAUCGUUUUGAAGCUCAAAUUCGGGAGGUUCUGAUGAACGGUUUCGAUCGAGAAUGGGGCAGCGGUGGAAAGCGAGAGAUGCUUUAUGCUGCACAGCCUGAUUCUGUACUUGGGUACGGUAUCUGCCCCUGUUUGUUGUUUGGCGAUGGCUUGACGCGCCAAGCCAAUACUGUUUUCUUUUUCCGAUCUAGCCGUCUCGUGUUCGUUUUUCGCCGGCACUGGGGCUGCAGAGAUCCGGGUCACCUGAGCAUCCAGGCCUUGAUUUUGUGUGGUGGAAACGGCAACGUUUGGCUCUAUGUCGAUCUGGAAUUACGUGAUGAGGGCGAUGUAGUCUCUGGUUUGCUCGAUUUUACCACGAUGCGAAGCAUUCACGGACGUGUUGAGACAGUUGGAGUUGGUCAAUUCUGGAGGGUCGUCGAGCCUUUGGAGCCGGAGAAGCCUACGAUGGCCGCUGCCAUGGAGUACCUUGAUUCAAUGGCCACUCAGAGAUAUGAUCAUGUCCAUGGUGUCAGAUGA